CUCCCUCUUUCCUUUUUUUCCAAAGCGAAAAUUAAUCAAACGGGCCCCGGGCACCUUCCCCCCAUCCCCGAGCCAUUCAAAUACCUCUACCCUCUCCCUCCCAUGGACCAGCCAAAGCCUCGUGCCUUCCACAACCACCACCACCACCGAUAAGAAACCAAAACACCAUCCUCUUAUUAGAAGAACCUUUCGAAAGUUUGGAGAGAAAAUCCCUCCCCUUUGUCCUCCUCUUGUUCUUCUAUGGUGACCGGAGGCCACCUCCCACUUAACGAGAACGACUCGCAAGACAUGGUCAUCUUCGAGGCUCUUCGAGAGGCCUCAGCGGUGACCACCGCGGUCACCGCGCCGUCCCCUGCAGCGGCGGCGGGCGAUGCGGGGUCCAUCCGGAAGCGCAUCGAGCCAACCGGGCGCGUCGGGAAGAACCACUACCGGGGAGUGAGGCGGCGGCCGUGGGGGAAAUACGCCGCGGAGAUUCGCGACUCUUCGCGGCACGGCGCACGCCUGUGGCUCGGGACGUUCAACACGGCGGAAGAGGCGGCCCGGGCGUAUGACCGCGCCGCUUUCCGGAUGCGGGGCGCCAAAGCGAUGCUGAAUUUCCCGCCGCCACUCGCGAUGGGCGGCGGCGGCGGCGUUGUCGCGGCGCCGGGCGGGGGUGGGGUGGUGGUGCUUCAGGAUCUGGGGCCGGAUUACCUGGAGAGAUUGCUUCGGGCUUCUGAAGUGGGUGAAGGUGCAAGUGAGUGUUCCCAGUCGGCAAUUCAGUACCGUUUGAUGUCCCAGUGAAGCCUGGUGAUUGGGUGAAGCUAUUGUGAUAUCUGGACUCAAUUUAUCCAGGUUAGGAUGGAGAGGAGUUCUUGCUGAGCUAUGUAAUAGAAAAUGUUACUAAUUAAGAUGGACAUGGCUUUGAUAAUGGACAAAAUUCCAAAGAUCACGUAUAAAACACCAUUUAUCGAUUAAAUAUAGAUAUUGGUGAUUAACCGAGAGGAAGGCAAGUCCAACCAGCAUCAUUGGUCUGGCCAUGUACCGCAUCAAUUCCGAACUACUGUGUCGGUCUAGUAAAUUGAGUGGAGAUCUGGCAAGCAAUUGAUAAAGAUCACCAAUGUAUUCUUGAUUGUUCCAAGGGCUUUAUGUGGUACAUGCCUGAUAGGAUAGGAUAUUGCCCACUCUGCUCCUUACUUCUUUUGGAAUUCAUAAAAUUAGUGAAUCAUGUUGUUCGAUCA